AUGGACGUCGAAGGCGGUUUAUCCACGAGCAAUAAGUUUGUAGAACAAUUAUCAGUAUCCAUUUUAAGUAAUACUAUAGAAGAAUUAAGUAUAUUAAAAAAAUUAGCAUACAUAGAAGACAUACUCAUUGAAACGGUACAGGAAAUCAGCGAAAAACAAACUUUUAAUGGCAUCAAGCAAAUUAUUGUUAAGGAAAAUAAACAGAACAAAGAGGAUAACAAUUUAUUACAGAAUGUUAAAUCUUCUGUGCUGACAUUAGCGGAUUUGAAAAAACAAAUGAGAAAUUCAGACGAUGAAUGGUACAUUGAAAAUAAAGAAAAGGAAGAAUAUUUGGGAAACCUAAAGGACGAGUAUGAGAAUCUAAUCAUGGAAUUUAAAAUCAAAGAAAACUAUAUUUGGAAGUGGCAAAGUUCUCAGAUGGAACAAGCGCGAAUGAAAAUUAAAAUACAGGAAGAUAAGUUACGGGAAUCACUUCAAAAAGAUAAUGAUAACAUAGAAAACGAGUUGCGUGUGAAUUUGGAAAUAUUAAUAUAUCUGACUCAAGUUAUCACAAUAAAGUGA